AUGUACCCCGGCGCCUUGUCCAUUCUCAACCCGAACCCUACCAAGCUGCCUGGCCCGACCCUGCUGCACCAUCUCGUCACGCCCGCUUGCCAUUUACAAGCUCUCGAGUACCAGUCUCGCGGCCAGAGAACCUCGUACACGUACCGCCACCUACACGAUGUCGCCGACGCCAUCGCCUGCCACAUCUCCGACGCCCGUCGACGCGCCGGCCGCCAUCAGGCAGACUUCAUAGUCCCGGUUCUCAUCCCCCAGUCCCCGUUGCUGUACAUCUCCCUGCUCGCUAUCCUCAAGGCUGGCGGCGCCUUUUGCCCCCUCAACAUCGACGCGCCCCCCGAAAGGAUCAAGUUUCUCCUCAAAGACGUUUCGGCUGAAGUGGUCCUCGUUUCCUCCGCUCUGGCAUCCAAAUUGCCUUUGGACACGGGCACCGACAUUCUCCAGGUCGACCGAGUGAGCACCAGCCAAGACCAUGGCCCCCGUGAACAUCGCCAGCCCUCGCCAGCCGAUCUGGCCUACGUCAUGUAUACGUCUGGCUCGACGGGCACCCCCAAAGGCGUCGGCGUUUCCCAUGCUGCGGCAACACAGGCCCUGCUCGCCCACGACGCUCAUGUCCCAUCUUUUUCAAGAUUUCUCCAGUUUGCUGCGCCAACCUUUGACGUGUCUGUCUUUGAAACAUUCUUUCCCCUGUUUCGGGGCGCAACCCUCAUUGCAGCCUGCCGCGAUGAGAUGCUGGAUGACCUACCAUCCGUGCUUCGAGACAUGAACGUUGAUGCUUGCGAGCUGACACCGACUGUGGCAGCGAGCUUGCUCAGAAAUCGGCACAACGCUCCCAAUCUCAAGCUGCUCCUCACCAUUGGGGAGAUGCUGAGCACACCUAUAGUGAAAGAGUUUGGAGGGUCCCAAACAAAACCGAGUAUACUAUGGGCAAUGUAUGGGCCCACAGAAGCCGCUAUUCAUUGCACUCUGCAGACCGCCUUGUCAUCCGACUCCACGAUAAGCACCAUUGGCAUCCCCCUCGAUACGGUAUCUUGUUUCAUCAUCGAGCCCUGCAGUUCCAGCAGUGGCAGCAGCAGUUUCAGAGCUCUGCCAUGGGGCGAAAUCGGCGAACUCGCAGUGGGCGGCCACCAGCUGGCCAGGGGCUACCUCAACCGACCCGAACAAACGGCCUCCGCAUUCAUCUCAUCUCCCUACGGUCGGCUCUACCGGACUGGAGACCGGGCCCGUUUGACUGCGGAUGGGAAGCUCGAAUGUCUCGGACGCUUGGCCAACGGGCAGGUGAAGCUGCGUGGCCAGCGCAUCGAGCUCGGGGAGAUCGAGCAAGCAGCCUUGUCGACACCGGGGUGCCACGGCGCGGUAGCGGCAGUUGUAGACUCGAAUCUUGUCGUUUUCUGCGCCGUCGACCCAGACGCCACGGAAGACGCCAUCGUGAUGCAUUGCAAACAGUGGCUGCCCUUGUUCAUGGUUCCCGGAGAAGUGAUCAUGCUGGCGGAACUUCCCCGGCUGCCAAGCGGCAAGGUUGAUACUCAAAGGUUGAGGUCGAGCUAUGGGGAGCAAAAGUUGGCUGAUCUGGGCGACAGCUCCAGUCUGGGAGAAUUUGCAGAGGCAGAGGAGGAGAUUAUCCACGUGGUGACUCUGACUCUUGGCCUGAAAGUGAGCAGACGCAUGACCCUGGCCUCUGCUGGUGUAGAUUCCCUUUCAGCGAUUAGGCUGGCGUCAGCCCUGCGCCUCUCGGGGUUUGUGACGACUGCUCCCGAACUCUUGAAGCUGAACACAAUAUCAGACAUUUGCUUCAGUAUUCGGAAUCGACCCGUGCUCAAGUCCGUCGACCUCGAGCCCCUCAAUGUCAGUCUAAUGGCCGACUUGAGCCAGCUAUUGGCACACAACCCAGGGCUGAGCCUCGAGGAGCAUCACGUUGAAGACGUCCUCCCAUGCACGCCCCUUCAAUCAGCCAUGUUGGCCGAAACCGUGAGGGAUGCGCGUCUCUACUCCAACGAGAUGGAGCUGCGGGCGGCUCCGGGCCUCGUGCCAGAUGAUGUCGUUGACGCGAUUCGCCAAGUUGCUCAGAGAAACGAGAUACUUCGAACAGGCUUUGCUCAGUGGUGCGGCGGGUUUGCUGCCAUCUUGUACAAGGCAUUCGGCACCACCGACACCCUCCAGACUGUGCGAGAAUUCCGACAUGGGCUAGCCUUUACCAAACCGCAGGAUUUCCUGAGGCCAUUGCGUUUUCAAAUGCGGGCUGAUGCGGAUGGUACCGGGCUGCGCUUGCUCGUCCAGGCUCAUCAUGCAGUGUAUGAUGGCUGGUCCAUGGACGCGAUUCUCUCUGAUCUCUCGGCUCUGCUGCGUCGGGCGCCGCUACCACCUCGGCCGCAGUUUCGGGAAGUGCUAAAUUACCAUGCCCGAGACUCCAAGAAGGCGGCAGAUGAUUUGGACAGGAGAUUUUGGAGCGAGCAUCUCCUGGGCUGGAGCAAGUCCCCAUUUCCAAGGCUGACUGCUCAGUUCUCCGUGCCAAGCGAGAUGAGGACGACAAGACGAACUCUCAAGAUACUACCAAGCCAGGUGCAAGAGGUUGCGAACCAAGCAGCUCUGAGUACUCAGGUACUAUUUCAAGCCUCUUUGGCUCUGCUGUGGAGUGGCAUUGUGGGAGAACAGGACGUGAUGCUGGGGUCGGUUACCUCAGGACGAACAAUACCCGUCGAUCGAAUAGAGGAAGUCAUAGGCCCUUGCAUCGCCUCUUUGCCUCUCAGAGUAAACCUCGACAGUAUGGUUUCAUACGCGGAUUUACUGAAGAACAUUCAGGUAAGCAAUCGGGCAAUAAUGGAACACUGCGGGCUGCCUCUUUCAGAUAUCAAGAAACUCGCGGAACUGCAACCCACCGAGAGUCUUUACGACGUUUUGUUCGUCUUCCAAGAGUCUUUUGAAGCCAAGAAGGAAUCGGUGAGGCUGUUCACUGAAGUUGGGCAUAUGGACCGCCUGGAGACGAAGCUGUUGUUCGAGAUCCAGCCCGACAAAAGCAACUAUACUGCUCAGGUAACAUAUCACUCUUCCUGGUUUCCGCCAGGCCUCGUCGAGUGUCUUAUACAGCAGCUUGAAAGCAUACUCUCAAUACUUCUUGACGACCCUGAAUCUCGCAUUCAACGAGGGCUGGAAUCUACGAUUCCUGGGCAGUCCAUUUAUAACGAGUCCAGCCAAUCGCCCUCCGAAAUUCCGGACCUCGCCGUGCAAAUCGAAGCCAGAGCGGCCAAGAUGCCGGGGGCCACUGCCCUGUGCUUCAUGGGCUCGUCUCAAACAAUCUCGGCCUCGUACCGAGAGCUGAACGAGAACGCCAACCAGGUUGCCCAUUACUUAGGCAGCUGCGACAUUGCGAUCGGCGAGGUUCUAGCCAUUAUUAUGAAAAAGUCUCCCAUCUUCUACACGUCUGUUCUUGGAAUCGUCAAAGCAGGAUGCGCCUACCUACCAAUUCUUCCGGCGACUCCGGAAGCACGAGUGCGCGAAAUCUUGAAGCAGGCGCGAAUCAAGCACUGUCUCGUCGACAGUGCUUCAUCGGCUUUGCUUUUCGUCGACGAUGUUCAGUUUCAUGAGAUGGAGAGCGGCAAGCUUGUGUCCUACCCGAAAGAGAAUAGGAGUGUUCCAGCAGAUCCUUCGCGCCUGGCCUAUGUCAUCUACACCUCUGGAACCACGGGAGAACCGAAAGGGGUGGCCGUGACGCAGAAGAACAUCGUGAGCAACAUCACUUUCCUUCAUUCAACUUAUCCUGCCCCCAAGAGCGUACGCCCAAGGCUGCUACAAGCUUGCUCUCAGGCUUUUGACGUUUCCGUGUUCGAAAUUUUCUUUACCUGGCACGCUGGCAUGUGUCUUUGCGCUGCCGUAAACGACGACAUGUUUGAGGACUUAGAGAACUCCAUACGGCAAUUGGAUAUCACCCAUCUAAGCUUGACGCCUACGGUGGUGUCACUCAUCGACCCAGAAAACGUGCCGGACGUGGAGUUUCUUGUGACCGCCGGGGAACCAAUGACCUUGUCUGUUCUUGACCGAUGGGGCGAUCGGCUUUGGCAGGGAUACGGGCCAUCGGAGACGACAAACAUAUGCAGCGUUAAGAGAAUGAAGCGGGGGGAUAACAUUGAGCAUCUGGGCUGGGCGCUGCCGAAUACAUCGACGUUUGUAUUGCGGCCUUCGAGUCUUGGGACCGUACCUACUGGGUGGGUAGGCGAGUUUUGCUUUGGCGGUGACCAAGUCGCAAUGGGAUACCUCAACGACGCUCGCCUGACAACUGAAAAGUUCCUUGAUCACCCCAAAUUUGGGAGAAUCUAUCGUUCGGGAGACGUGGGUCGAAUGCUCCCUGACGGCUCGCUGAUGAUCAUUGGGCGACUCGACGACCAAAUCAAACUGCGCGGCCAACGGAUCGAGGCGGGCGAAGUCAACGGCAUCAUCACGAGCACGGGCUUGGCGGUAUCUGCAGUGACGGUUUCUGCUCAACGAGAGAAGGGUGCCUCUGACCAGCUCGUGUCUUUCUUUGUGCCGCCUGGAGCGGAUGCCGAGUUCGGACCCGUCGAGAUCGACCAGGAAGCCACUCGACAUCUGUUUGCAAGCCUAUCGUCUCUUGUGCCCUCUUAUAUGGUCCCGUCCUACUUGGUUCCGGUGUCUCAGAUCCCAGUCGGAUUUAGUGGAAAGCUUGAUCGGCGACGCCUCCAAGCGUGUUUUGAAAGCCUCGCGAGGGACUACCUGGAAGCUGCUGCUUCCACGACGCAGAGUCUGGACGACGAGACUGACUGGACUCGUGGGGAGUCUGUCAUUGCAGAGGUGCUUGCACACUCGACCAAAGUACCAACGGCCGACAUUAGACGAUGGACACCAUUCGCUGCUCUCGGAGUUGAUUCCAUAUCCGCCAUUGACGUCUCUCGCGUGCUCAACUCCAAACUAGGGACUCUGAUCCCCAUUUCAGCGAUACUGCAGAAUCCAACGGUUGCACAGCUCGCCAAGUACGUGGAGGCCACCGACAAGAGUCAAAGGAAGGCGGUAUCUCAACAUUCCAAUGCAUUCGCUGCGACCUUUGCCGAUGAAGAAGGCAUGCUUUCGCAAGGGACGCGCAGUUACUUCAACAAGAUCCUGCUUCGUCUCCGAAUUCGGGCCGAAGACAUGAGAACUUACUGGGACGUUGUUUCCCAGAGGCACGGUAUCUUGAGGACCUGUUUCGUUACCACAAGACGUGCGGCCCACCCAAUCGCGCAGGUCGUGUUAAGGACGUGGGAUGUUUCAUGGAGAAGCUUUGAAGUCAACGAGCCCUCCUUGGCGGGCGCAAUUCAAGAGCAUCUAGGAUGCCUGCCCGAUCCCUUGGAUUCCUGGCAGCCCCCCGUUUCCUGCGCUUUCAUGAGGUACAAAGGCACCACGUUCUUCUCCCUCAUCUGCCAUCACGCCACAUACGAUGGCGUGGCCAUGGAAAACCUAUGGAGAGAAAUCGAGGCCCUGGCCAACGGCCGCGCACUGCCGCCUCCCGUGGCUUAUAAGCCAUUCAUCCAGCAGGUCAUCAGUCUGCCUAAAGAUACUGAUGCAUUUUGGAUCGAGCAAUUCCGCGACUUUAAGCCAUCGAUCUUAUUCACUCGCCUGGCCGGCGCCGACAUCAACCAAUGCACACACACCACGUCGCUCGGCAUUACGCUCCACGAUGUCCAAAGGAGCUUAAGAUCUCUCGGGGUAUCCCUGUUAUGCGCAUGCCAGGCAGCCUGGGCAACCCUCGUCUCAAUCGCAUGCGGUUGCCCCGAUAUUGCUUUUGGCAAUGUCAUCAACGGCCGCACUGUUGAUCUGGAAGGCCUAGACCGCCUGGUUGCUCCUUGUUUCAACACAGUUCCGCUGCGGGUGGACCUUUCGAGGAGCCCUCAGUACAUCGACCUUGCCAGACACUUCCAGGACCUCAACGCACGAAUGCUUCGCUAUCAGUUCACUUCUUUGAGACAUCCGUUGAAGGAUAUGGACGAAGGCGUUUGGACACUGGAGGAGGAUUCUGGUGAUAUGGAUGUCCCGCUCGUGUGCGAGGUUGUCCCCUGCCCAGGCCUGAACUCGAUUGUCGUUAAUAUUCACUACGACAUUGGGAUUGUUUCUGGAGAUACUGCAGCAGCAUUGGCGGAUACCUUCAAAUGUGUGUUCGGGCGUCUGAUCGAUCUCCCGUUCACGAGUCCGUGCAGCAGGAGCACUCUACCGGAGAUGCUCCAACUAGGCCUUGCGGACUUGGUCCCUAGACAUGUGAAGCCGGGUGGAGGAGACCGUCAGCAGUCGGAGAACGAGACUUGGAGCGACUCCGAGAAGAGCCUCCGGCAGAUUCUAUCUGAGCUUUCUGGAGUGCCCGAGGAACGAAUCUCCCGCCACACCAGCAUAUUCCGACUUGGUUUGGACAGCAUCAACGCUGUACAAGUCGCAUCAAUCCUCAAGCGCAAGGGCUACAAGCUGUCGGCGUCGGACGUCAUUCGAUAUUCCAACUGUGCAAGGCUGGCCCCUCGGCUGGUUCGUGUCUCUGAAGAUGAUACCGCCCAGGAGCGUUCAAUGGAAAUUCUGAACAGAUACGCCAGCGAGGUGUCUACGCAGAUCAGCAGCGCUGUCCCGUCAGGACUUGGUGAACACGCAGAAGCCGUCCUCCCCGCGACUCCAAUGCAGGCUGCGAUGUUGGCGGCGUUUAUCCAAUCCCAAGGCAACCACUACCUCAACAUGCUCAAGUACCACAUUAACGAUAAUGUCCAUAUUGACGAGGUGCUGCACGCCUGGGAGGUGCUUCAUCGUCGGCAUCCGAUGCUCCGCACAGGCUUCGCUUCUGUCAGCCACAAAGAGAGCCCCUUUGCCAUGAUUCGACAUGCGGAAGUAUCCAUUCAGGCACCGAAAUGGCAAGACGAGUCUCGACGUCUGUUUUUGCAGUGUCCACACCUGCCGCCCUGGAAAGUGGUUUUAGUCAACUACGGAGAUGAGGUCCUGAUGAACCUGGCCAUUCAUCAUGCCCUCUAUGAUGCCUACUCAUUGGAGGAACUCCUGGUCGCAACCAAUGUGAGCUCAAACAGAGAGCUAAUGCGCGAAAUGAUGGGAUACAAUGUUGAGCUACACAAUCAUCAGUUUUCUCCCCUGAGUCAGAUCCAAAAGUGGCUGGGCCAUUCUGCGACUCCAGUUUUUGACACGCUUGUCAUUUACCAGAGGAGGGAGCGCAUCGGGCAGGGGUCUUGGACUUUGGUCAAUGAUGACCUGAUGGUGGAAUACGCCGUUUCUCUCGAGAUCGAGCCCACGAGCGCAGAAGACGUAUGCCUUAGGCUUACCUUUGCCAAGGAUGUCCUGCCCCAGGAACAGGCAAGCCUUCUUGUUCAACAGUUCGAUGCUACGCUGCAGCAUCUGAUCCGCGAGCCCGACGACGACGAACAUGGUCUGUACCAAAAGCGGGCUGAUCUUUUUGCAAUAACAGCGGCGGCGUCGCCCGUUCUACCGGCGCCAGUUCCGCUGCUGCACGAAUUCGUUGAAUGGAGGUCUACAAUUGACCCGGACUCGACGGCUCUCGAGUUUGUGAGCGGAUUUGAUAGCGGGCCUGCCACGAAACGAUGGAGUUACAGGGAGCUCGACCUCAUGGGCAACAGGGUGGCGAACCUGUUGCGAGAAACCACCAGUGUCGGCGACAUUGUGGCCAUUCAUUUUCAAAAAUGCCCAGAGGCGUAUUUCUCGAUACUCGGAAUCCUGAAAGCCGGCUGCUCAUUUGUCGCGCUCGACCCCCAUGCCCCAAUCGUGCGGAAAGACUUCAUACUGCGCGAUUGUCACGCCAAAUACCUCGUGACGGACCUCCAGAGCACGCUUGACUUUGAAUACUCGACAAGUAUCUUACGAAUCGGCGAGGAGUUGCUCCAGGGGUAUUCGGACGGGCGUCCUGCUCUGAAAGAGAGACGCCUCACCCCUAGUCACACGUGCUAUUGCCUCUACACAUCCGGCACCACAGGGACGCCGAAAGGGUGCGAGAUAAGCCAUGAGAAUGCAGUGCAGGCCAUGAUGGCCUUUCAAGAGCUUUUCCGGGGUCAUUGGGAGCACGACUCGCGCUGGCUCCAGUUUGCGGCGCUUCACUUUGAUGUCUCUGUCCUCGAGCAGUACUGGAGCUGGUCCGUAGGAAUCACGGUCGUAGCUGCGCCGAGGGACUUGAUCCUGGACGACCUCACUGGCGUGAUUAAUAGGCUUGGGAUUACCCACAUUGACUUAACUCCGAGUCUCGCCAGACUGACGCGUCCGGAUGAGAUGCCGAGCUUGUGCAGAGGCGUCUUCAUUACUGGAGGAGAGCAGCUGAGGCAAGAAAUUCUCGACAAAUGGGGCCCCAAAGCUGUCAUCUACAACGCCUAUGGACCGACUGAGGCGACAAUUGGGGUGACAAUGUAUCAGCGCGUACCCGUCAACGGCCGUCCGAGCAACAUUGGCCAGCAGUUCCCCAACGUCGGCUCCUACAUCUUCCAUCCGGGGACCGAGAUACCCGUCUUACGAGGCGCGAUCGGCGAGCUGUGCGUCUCAGGCAAGCUAGUGGGCAAGGGAUACCUGAACCGUCCGGAGCUCACAGAGGAGCGGUUUCCCACGCUUGCUGAGUUCGGCGAGAGAGUUUAUCGAACGGGCGACCUGGUCCGUAUUCUUUACGACGGGUGUUUCGAGUUUCUUGGCCGCGCCGAUGACCAGAUCAAGCUGCGCGGGCAGCGCCUGGAAAUUGGCGAAAUCAACCAUGCCGUUCGCACCGGAGUCCCAGACAUACAGAACGUCGCGACGAUAUUGGUUCGCCGUGAGGCGUCUGGAAAAGACGUCCUAGUCUCCUUCUUCGUCGGGCAGCAACAUGGUGGCUCGCAGGACCUCUCCUUUCUGCAGGACACAGACUGUUUGGGUGCCAAGGCAAGGGCGGCCUGUCUUGAACGGUUGCCGACAUACAUGGUCCCAUCUUAUUUCUUGCGGCUCCCGUACAUACCGCUUUCGCCAAACAACAAAGUCGAGGCAAGGGAGCUGAAGUCCGUGUUUGAACAGCUCUCGCACGAGCAGCUCAUGAAGCUAUCCGCUGCGACGGCGGCAUCGCAGGACCGGAGCCUCGACAAGAUUGCGCUCGGCAAAAUCAUCCGUCUCGUUUCCGAAUUCAGCACAGUUCCUGGAGAUACCAUUCUGGCCAUGCUGCUACGCUCCAAUGGCUUCCCGGCUGCGUCUCCAGCCAUGUUGUUGAGAUGCCCCGUCAUUGCAGAUCUGGUUAAUGCCCUCUCCACGAAUGCAGCCGCAAGACCGCAGGCGAACUCGGUCAGAGAGGCCCGGCAAUUGAUGCAAGCCUGCCAUCACAGAUAUCUUGGUCUAGUUUGCCGCGAGCUGGGCGUGGAACCUGACGAGAUCGAGUACAUUGCACCGUGCUCGCCGCUCCAGCAGGGAAUAACUUUCAAGGCAACUCAAGAAGAUGGCUCCGGCACCUACUUCAACUCUUUUGAGCUGCGUCUUGGCAACGAUGCAUCUCUGGAAAAGGUCCGCAGGUCGUGGAGCCGCCUCGUCGACUUUCACGCAAUUCUGCGAUCGGUGUUUGUCAAUACCCCGGAGGGAUAUAUCCAAGCCGCAUUGAAGCAACCCAAGAGCCCAUGGAGAGAAUUGACGGUCCAAGUGGAGGAUGAAAUAAACGACGUCAUGAGCACGGAAAUGCGAAGAUGGAUCCACGGAAACAAACAUCACAUCGUCAAUCCUUUUGAGCUCAUUCAUGUACACGGUCCAGGGUUCCAGAGGGUCUUCAUCCACAUUUUCCAUGCACUUUACGAUGGAAAUAGCUUGGAGCUCAUGAGCCAGUAUGCUUCGGCUCUUUACCACGACGAUGAGCCGACCUCUGGCCCUCUGUUCGUCGAAGCCCUGACCUCUGGCCCGCUGCAAAGCCAUGACCACUGCCGACAGUUCUGGAUUGAGUACAUGCAAGGCUGGGUGUCUUCACCGCUGCCGGCGCUCCAAGUCCCACCAGGGGAGCACGGGGCAGUGGCAGCGACUCGCAACGUAUCAUUAGGUCGAUUUGAAGAGCUGCGUUCUCAACAGAACGUCACCCUGCAGUCUGUCGUGCUGUCUCUAUGGGCGGCGGUCCUCCAGAGGCACUUGACCAGCAAGACAACCAUUGGUGUCGUUAUCGCGGGCAGGUCGAUUGACCUCCCUAAUGUCGAGCGCACAAUCGGGCCCAUGUUCAACACGGUGCCGUUCUUUAUCAAUGCCUUGCGAGGGCACACAUGGGCAUCCCUGAUUCGCGAGACCCAUACGUAUAGCACGUCUAUUCUGCCUUUCCAGCACGUACCCCUGAAGAGCAUUCAGAAAUGGUGCUCUGGGGGUCGAUCGCUUUUCGAUAACCUUUUCGUGUUUCAAAUCGAGCAGCCCAACCUGGCCGGCGAGGGAGCACCAUGGACCAUCGAGGAUGGUCCGAGCCAACCCGACUACACCUUGGCCUUCGAAGCCACACGGACUCUGGAAGGCGAGUUACGAGUGUCUCUUGUCGCGCAGAGUUGCUUUGCCGACUUGGCUAUGCUGGAGGACAUUCUCGACCAAUUCGAGCAUGAGGUGGGAACGGUCCAAGCAGAAGGGUUGGUGAAUCCUUCGCCAGCCGAUGAAGAGUUGCGAGAGCCGGCAGCAAAGAGCUGGGAAGAUGGAGAAGACUCGGACACGAUGGCGGCAAGCUUCGAAUGGACAGACCGGGCCGUCUUGGUCAGAGAAGAGCUUGGCCUCGACAGUAUCGACACGAUGAAGCUUUCGGCGAGGCUGAAGCGAAAGGCGAUCAAUCUCUCGUCAUCCAGCAUCUUGCGUUGCCAAAACAUAUCGCGCAUGGUUCAGCAGCUGGAGCUGUACGGCUACGACUCUCCACCCAUCGCCCAGAAUUUAAACCCGCUUCAAGAGAUGAGACUCAAGCUGCGCGCGCAAGUUGAGAAGGCGGGGGUAGACUUGGACACUGUCGAGUCAGUGCUGCCUCCGACCGCUCUGCAAGAGGCCAUGGUGGCGGGCAUGGUGCAGUCGGGCUUCCAGUGGUAUUUCAACCAUGACAUUCUCGAGGUCGCCGAAUGGGUCGACGUUGAGAGGCUCUCAAAGGCGUGGGAGGAUCUGGUUGAGUCGUCACCAAUCUUGCGUACUGGAUUCGUCGAGGUCGACGACGCAGACCUGGACAUGGCGUAUUGCCAAGUCACGUUCCAGGAUCCCACGCUGCACAUCAGGACAGUUUCGCUAUCAGACAUUUCUGAGGUCAACCAGAUAACGAUGGAUGCGACGCAGCUGGCCCUCGAAGGGCAAGGCUUGAGGGACCUCCUGCAACUCACUUUCGUCGCGCUCGAUGAGCAGCGGUUUGUUGUGCUUUCCAUGGCUCAUGCGUUGUACGAUGGGUGGUCGCUCGGCCUCAUGUACCGGGACCUCGAGGCAGCAUACAAGGGGCGCGUGGAAGCGAGGAUGCCCGUCGAUUCAUUCAUCUCACGUAUGCUUGCGUCCGGUACAACGGAAGCCCACGAGUUCUGGGCUAGCUACCUCGCCGGCCUCCGUCCCACUUUCUUGGCCGAGAAGGACAAGCUGACAGAAGCGACUUCCGAGUCGUCGAGUCGACGGAUUCGCAAGGAGACUGCUUCAAAGAAAACCUUGUUUGAGGUGAAGCAGUUUUGCAGAAAGAAGUCCAUCAGCUUACAGGCACUCUGCGCCGCAUCUUGGGCCAUGGUUGUGGCGGAGCAGGUCGGCGCCCUCGACGUGGUCUUUGGAGUCACCCUGUCCGGCAGAGAUGGCGAGGGAGCGGAAGCACUCAUGUUCCCGACAAUGAACACUGUGGCCAUACGAUGUAUUCUUCACGGUUACGUCUCGGGCUUUCUGCAGUACAUGGAAGCAAGCAUGGCGGAUGUACGCGGCUUUCAAGCGUUUCCCCUGCGCAAAGCCCACGCCGCAGCCAAGCUGAGAAACUCGGACAUGUUCGACUCAUUGUUCCUCUUCCAAAGGUCUCCAGAGACUGAGGACUUGAAUAACAAAAUGCUACGCUCGAUUAAAGGUGAAUCAGCUGUCGAGUAUCCAGUUUGCGCCGAGGCCGAGGCCUCAGGCAACCGAUUGAUGUGGCGCAUCGCCUGCCAUGAGCAGCUUUUUUCGAGUGAGGAAACAGAGGCUCUUGUCGACAAGGCAGACUGUGUUCUUCAGUUCAUGCUCGAGCACGAAAAUGCGGAUGUCUUGUCGUUUCAUGGAGAAGACGUAUCGAUUUGUGGCAUGCCCGCUGUUUCGAUCAGAGAAACCCCUGCAACAGACGGAGUUGCCAUACGCGACAUUCUCAGUCAGGUCUCUCAGGUUCCCGCCGAAGCGAUCACGCCUCGGUCCAACUUGUAUCAGCUUGGGCUGGACUCCAUCAGCGCGAUCAAGGUUUCGAUACUGCUGCGCAAGAGAGGGAUUUAUCUCAAGCCGAGAGAGCUUGUCAGGCUUUCUACCAUUCACGAAAUUGCCAGUACAGCAAGCUUGGAGAAGAAAACUGAGGAGCCAACUUCCCGUGCUGCGGCCAGGUGGGCGCCGCCGGCGCACAUCGACACACAGCGUCUGCUGCGCGAAUGCGGCCUACGGCAAGAAAGCGUCGAUAAGAUUUUGCCCGCGACUCCAAUGCAAGUUUACAUGUUGACGGUAUGGCAGAACUCUGCAGGGUCGGUGUUUUUUCCGGAAUUCUGCUACCGGGUUAAUGGUGCAGUUGAGGAGUCUCAAGUUCGUGGAGCGUGGAAAUCUCUCGUCGAGGAGGUUCCAAUCUUGCGAGCACGCUUCGUCGCGACUGGUUCCAGAGAACUUCCAUGGCUCCAAAUGGUAAUCCGCAAAGAAGAGGUGCGGUCGUGCCGCGUUUCGCAGCAUCUGGCCUGUCUCAAGGUCACCCGAGAUGAGUCGGGGCGGGGCUUGGGGCUGCGACUGAAGAUUCAUCACGCCUUGUACGAUGGCUUCAGUCUCCCGGCUCUUGUAUCUCGGCUAUGCGAGUUGCUGAAUGGAGGCAGCAUCGGGGAUGAGCAAGGCCUCUCACGCUGGGCGCGGUAUUGUAUCGCCCCGUGCCUCUCGGAAGCUAAGCGGAGACGGCAAAUAUUCUGGACUGCCUAUCUUGGAGAAGGCGCCGCAACUUCGUCCUCAGUCAUGCCGUCGACGGUAUUUACUGAAAGGGUGUUGUAUCUCGACGGUUCGGCCAUCAAGGAUAUCGGGCGCCUCCGUGUGACAGCAUCGCAGAGCGGAAUUAGCCUGCAAUCGCUCUUUCUGGCCGGGCUGGCAACUGCCCUUGACAAACGGAACCCUCGUGGAGGCAGAGAAUCGAUGGUCCUGGGCAUAUACCUGGCGAACCAGACGGCGGACGAGGGAGAUUCACCGCAAGCGGUGUUCCCGACACUCAACCUCGCGCCCCUCAAGGUGCAGCUGGGGCACGACGACGAGGGCCUGGUGACGCUUGCCAGAGCCAUCCAAGAUGACAUUCACAGCUUGAGCAGUGACGGGCGGGCAGAGGUCGGCCUCUGGGAGAUUAUGGCAUGGACCGGCGUCAAGGUGGACUGUUUCGUCAACUUCCUCGCCGACCUACCAAGCGCGAGUGUAGAUACAGACUCUGAUCGCCAGGCCGCUGUGACCUUAACUCCUGUACAGGACCCGGGCGAUGCCUCGACUACGAACAAUGAGGAUUCGGACUCUGCGCUGUUGGAGCAGCCUUGGGUGCAGAGGAACGCGGUCCGGGACGCUUUUCCGCCAUCUGUGGACGUAGAGGCUUCGGUGCAGGACCUGAAGCUGGCCAUGGGCAUCUUUGGCCUGCGGACGCGUGUGUCUGACGGGUGGGCCGCAGGGCUUGUCGCCGACACAGCGGCGCUCCUCGACCAGGCUGGCGUAGAACAGUGUUCGCCGUAG